UCGUUAUUGGUCGCACAGUUAGGACUGUCCCCUUUUUGCAGCUGACUGCCGGUACAAGUUUCGCGGGAUAUUUUUUUGUGAAGAAGGCGUGAGUAGACAUUUUAUUCACAGCAUAAAUGUUUGACACCCAGUGACUGGAGGAGUGAGGCAGAGUACUUGAUCUGAUGAUGGCAUCCCAAUCCCUUUACCAUCCCCUGGUCUACUGGGCUCAGACGGAGAAGGCUAUCUCACUGAAGGUGGACCUCAAUGAUGUCUCAUCACCAGAAGUGGAACUCAAACCUAGGAAAUUGACCUUUAAAGGUUAUGGUCAAGGUGCAAGUGGAAUUCACCAGUAUGAGUUUUCUCUUGACUUCUACGAGGACGUAGAUCCUGAUGCUAGUGCUUUCCGGGUUCUUGAUCGACAAGUUGAUUUCAAUAUCAGCAAGAAAUCUCUCCAUUCUUUCUGGCCAAGAUUGACAAGCGGAGAGCGCCCUCGUUGGCUACGCAUUGAUUUUGAUCGGUGGAGAAGCGGUGAAUCAGAUGAAGAAGAGGAUGAGGAUGUAAAAAUGAAGAGGGAGCAGGAAGAACAUUUCAAGCAGUUAGAAGAUCAACUCAAGGAUGCUGAAAAACAAGCCUACCGUGAUAUAAAGUCUGUGUAUCUCUUCAUGUAUAACAUGAUACAGUGGAUCAUCUUCACUAUGGUCUUUGUCUACUGUUUUGGGAGAUUUAUCUUCCAUGGAAAAGAGGACCUUGCCACUGCCUAUGAUUGGGUGAUAACACCUCUUGGUAUGGGUCAGGUGAUUGCUUGUCUUGAGAUCGUCCAUGCCCUGACGGGACUAGUCAAGUCAAGUGCUAUGACAGUAUUCAUGCAGGUAUUUGGAAGGAAUUUUCUCUUGUUUGUUGUAAUAAUGAAUGACCCUGAACUGAAGAAUGAAGGAAUGACGUUGUAUCUCUUCAUGGUAUGGAGUGCUGUGGAAGUAGUCAGGUAUCCAUUUUAUAUGCUGUCAUGUAUAGACUAUGAGAGUGAAGUCAUAACGUGGCUGAGGUACACAGUAUGGAUUCCACUAUACCCGCUGGGUUUUCUAGCAGAGAUAAUAGUGGUCUUUCUUGCUGUGCCAUUUUACAAAGAGUCGGAUAUGUUCAGUAUUCACCUACCAAACCAACUCAAUAUGUCAUUCAACUUUGUCUACUACAUGUACUUGCAUGUCAUCAUUAUUGUAUCAAGUUCUCCAACACUUCUGUCCCACAUGUGGCGUCUUCGGAAGAAAAAAUAUGGCAAAAGAAAAAUCAGAAUUGGAGCAACGAAGCCCAAGAUGAAUUAAUGGCUGUUUAUAAUGGAAGUCAACACUUAGACGAGGGUUUUUAUAAGACUUGUGAUCAUGAUUCAUGUACUGAUUGUGGAUGAAUUGAAAUUUGAACAGUUUGUAAUGCUAUCAGUAAACUUAUUCAUGACUUUAUGAAUGAUUUGAACAUCUUUUUGUGCUAAAUGAGAUUCUGAAGUCAUGUUUACUCACAUCAU